CACCGGUCGCGCCCGCUCUGGCAGUCUGUCUGCUGCUGUAGUCAGACAGUUCAAAGCAGACGGUGAAAUCUCUCCGUCGAGACUUCAAAAUGGGAAAGUUAGUCUGGAUAUCGAUUGUAAUAGCUGCUCUUUCGGCGUUACUUGGAGAGAGGGUCGUCAACUUCAGGAAAAGAGCCUUAGCUACACGGGAGCUCGUCAAGAAUCACCUCCCGAACUGUGUCCUACUGAAAAAUCUGGAGGAUGGCUCCGAGGAUAUCACGAUCCUUGCCAAUGGGCUCGCCUUUAUCAGCGCUGGUCUGAAGUAUCCUGGAAUGCCAACCUCAGAUCUGCCUGGAAAGAUCUAUGUUCUUGACAUGAAUGAUCCCAAUCCCAUAAAGCCAUCGGAGCUCCGCAUGCCGAGAAACUUUGACCUGGAGUCAUUUAACCCUCAUGGCAUCAGCGUAUAUGUCAAUCCAAUCGAUGACACGAUAUAUCUCUUUGUUGUAAAUCACCCCGAACACAAAAGCCAGGUAGAGCUGUUCACAUUCGUUGAGGAUGACUUCUCGCUGGUGCAUCUGAAAACCAUCAAGCAUGAACUCCUCUACAGUGUAAACGACAUCGUUGCAGUGGGAGUGGACUCUUUCUAUGCAACCAAUGAUCGCUACUUCACCAGUGAAUUCCUCAAAGGUGUAGUGGAGCCUUAUCUGGGUCUGCCUUGGACUAAUGUGGUGUACUACAGCCCUGAGGAAGUGAAAGUGGUCUCAGAAGGAUAUCACUUUGCAAAUGGCAUCAAUAUCUCACCAGACGAAAAGUACGUUUAUGUGGCAGAUCUAUUUGAUCACAAUGUGCAUGUGCUGGAGCGGAAAGAAGACAAUGCACUGGCUUCUGUAAAGUCCGUGACUAUCGGGUCACUCGGUGACAACAUCGAAGUGGACCCUGAAACUGGAGACCUGUGGAUAGGCUGCCACCCUAAUGGAUUGAAGGUUUUGAUGUUUGACCCCAACGACCCACCUGGAUCUGAGGUCAUCCGCAUCCAGAACAUUCACUCCGACCAGCCAUUGGUGACCCAGGUUUACGCUGACGAUGGCCAUGUGAUCAUGGGCUCCUCUGUGGCAGCUUCCUACAAUGGGAAAUUGCUCAUUGGCACUGUGUUCCAUAAAGCUAUGUGCUGUGAUCUGAACUAGAGUUUAAUAAGUUAAUCAAAACACCUGCUAAAAAUAGGAAAUAAAGAUCUGCCACUCAGGAAGGCUCUGAGUGGGAUUUGAAUGAUGAUAAACAUAGAUAUUACAGCUCAAAAUGCUGUACCAGACACAGGUACUAGAAGAAAAAAAUGUAAGCUAGUGUAAGAGGCUUCAGAUUCACUGGACUGAGCUGCAGGAAAAUAGAAAGUUGGUAUUUAUCUCAGCUCUGGGUUGCAGCUGCAAAUUUAAAAGUGGUGCAAACACUGAAGUUGUUAAUCUGACAAGAUACAUGAAUCUCUAAACAAAAGUUAUAGAUUAAUUUUCUAUUAGCAUAUCUUCCAUUUGGGCUUGGAAAGUAUGAUAUAUACGUAGGUGAAAACUGGAAAAAGGUUUUAUUUUUGCAGAUAUAAAGACAAUGUGAAAAUUUAAGGAUUGGCUUGAAGAGCUUUAAUUGUUGCAGAAGGGAACAGAAAAGAAUAAAAAAGACAUGAUUCAAGAACGUGGACAGGGUUUUGUUCAACUCAAUGUUAUAUAGGAGUACGGUGUUUUAAGCAGGCUGGUUGAAGGAAGGUGAUGGUGUUAUUAUUGAAGUGGUUUACAAAGGGGUGCCAUAGAUCCAAUCAGGAUUUGUCUUCACACCUUAUCAAUAGAAUUUUUUUUUUCUUCCCUGAAAUAUUUGUUAUGAAACAGCAUUUACAAGGGAAGAGUGGAAGGGAGUAGUUGUUUGCUUCAGUUUAGUAAAUCUGUCUGUUACACAAUGUUUUUGACCAAACAUGUAAACCCUGAUGUGAUUGUUUUUUGUUAAUCAAUACUUUUUCUGGGUCACCUGAUAAAGGAUAUAUUUAAACAUGCACUGUUCGGAUUUGUUUUUACAUGUUUAAAGUUCAAGUUAGAAAUCACCAUUCUAGAUUUGUGAUCUUCAAUAAAACUGUGAAAAAUGUCA